CAACUUUAUUCAUUCUAAGUCAGCCAUUUGUAUUGUGAUCUGGGAUUUGUGAGAACAUUGAUAUACAAAUUUGUUUUUAUGCCAAACUGUUUUUGAAAUCACUUUAAUGAAAUGCGUACUGUUGAAAAUUUUAUUUUAAUAAGUGUUUCGGUUUCUUAACGAGGGGAAGGGACUGAAUUUCCCUUGUUUGUUACUGAAAGGUGUGCUUGGAAACGUGUUGAACGUUCCAAUUCCACUUUUAAAUCUGACUUUACUUUGGAUUGUGGAAGUCUACCGGAUAGAUCUUAGAUGGGUUUUGGGUAUAUAAGGAGGUCUUGAUCUCUUUGGGUUCCCAUAGGAGUUUUAGUCUCUCUUAUUCCUCAGAGGUUAGGCUUUUCCUGGUUGGUUUUAUUGCUCUUUUUAAGGUUUUCCAUAACACAACAAAAAUGGUGAAGAUCUGUUGCAUUGGAGCUGGAUAUGUUGGGGGUCCUACCAUGGCAGUUAUUGCCCUCAAAUGCCCCUCAAUUGAAGUGGCUGUUGUUGACAUAUCAAUUUCUCGGAUCACAGCUUGGAACAGUGACCAGCUCCCCAUUUAUGAACCAGGUCUUGAAGAAGUGGUGAAGCAGUGCAGAGGAAGGAACCUGUUUUUUAGCACCAAUGUGGAAAAACAUAUCUCUGAGGCAGACAUAAUCUUUGUUUCUGUCAACACCCCAACAAAAACUCGGGGCCUUGGAGCUGGGAAAGCUGCAGAUUUGACAUACUGGGAGAGUGCAGCCCGAAUGAUUGCUGAUGUGUCAAAAUCCAACAAGAUUGUUGUUGAAAAAUCAACAGUUCCAGUAAAAACAGCUGAAGCAAUUGAAAAAAUUCUGUCCCAUAAUAGCAAGGGCAUCAGCUAUCAAAUUCUCUCGAACCCAGAAUUCCUUGCUGAGGGUACUGCUAUUCAGGACCUGCUUAACCCAGAUCGGGUUCUCAUUGGAGGCAGGGAAACACCUGGUGGCCAGAAGGCUAUAAAAGCAUUGAAAGAUGUUUAUGCUCAUUGGGUGCCUGAAGACAGAAUUAUUUCAACCAAUCUCUGGUCAGCAGAGCUCUCAAAGUUAGCUGCCAACGCCUUCUUGGCUCAGAGGAUUUCAUCUGUUAAUGCCAUGUCAGCUCUCUGCGAGGCAACUGGUGCUGAUGUUUCUGAGGUUUCCCAUGCUAUUGGUAAGGAUUCAAGAAUCGGGCCUAAGUUUCUCAAUGCCAGUGUUGGUUUUGGUGGAUCCUGUUUUCAGAAGGACAUCCUGAACUUGAUCUAUAUUUGUGAGUGCAAUGGCCUCCCUGAGGUUGCAAACUACUGGAAACAAGUCAUUAAGGUGAAUGACUACCAAAAGAACAGAUUCGUGAACCGGGUUGUCGCCUCCAUGUUUAACACCGUCUCAGGUAAGAAGAUUGCCAUACUUGGUUUUGCUUUCAAGAAGGAUACAGGUGACACAAGAGAAACUCCUGCAAUAGACGUUUGCAAGGGACUGUUGGGGGAUAAGGCAAGUUUGAGCAUAUAUGAUCCACAGGUCACAGGAGAUCAGAUCCAGAGGGAAAUCUCAAUGAACAAGUUUGAUUGGGACCAUCCAGUUCACCUCCAGCCAAUGAGCCCCACCUCGGUGAAGCAGGUAAACGUAGUCUGGGACCCUUAUGAGGCAACAAGGGAUGCCCAUGGGAUCUGCAUUCUUACUGAGUGGGAUGAAUUCAAGACUCUUGACUACCAGAGGAUCUUCAAUAACAUGCAGAAGCCUGCCUUUGUGUUUGAUGGCCGCAACAUAGUGAACAUUGAGAAGCUGAGGGAGAUUGGAUUUAUCGUGUACUCAAUUGGAAAGCCAUUAGAUCCAUGGCUCAAGGACAUGCCUGCUAUCGCAUAAGACUAAGAGUUUCUUCUCCUGGAGCCAAAACCCAAAACCAAUGCUGUUUUUCAUUCUUUGAAAUUUUUUUUUCCCUGCUUUUGGUGGCUUAUUUUGGACAGUAAUCAGCUUGGCCUCAGAAUUAUGAUAAACUGUAGUUUCAGUUACCUUCCCUUCAGUAAAAGCCUCAUAUGUGAUAUUGGCUGUUUUAAUUUGCUGUAAAACAAUAAUUGAGAAAGGUUUUUGAAAGUUUAUUCU